CACGUAAUCACUGUUAGAAAUUAGGCCGGCCACUUUUUUAUCAAUCCAAACGAGAGGGUGGAGAGUAUCGAAUUUCGAAAAUAUCACACUGGUUUGAAUAUUUUGUUAUAGUCUUUCAACAUGAAUAGUGUCAGUAUUGUGUUCUUUUUUAUAGUUUUUACAGCUAUAGGCGCUGAUGACUUAACCUGCCCCCCGAGCAACUCUGGAACGACUUACGUCAAACUGAAAGAUGCUGUUUUGUGUAAUUAUGACAGUUCCGUUAGGCCAGUAGCUAAUCAUCAGAACUCCACUGCUGUAUCGUUUAAAUUAGUUAUGAAAUAUUUUAAUUUCAAUAUAGAAACUAGUACAUUCAGUGUAGACGCCUGGUUGUCAUUGUAUUGGAUGGACCAACAUUUAACAUGGAAUCCAAGUGACCAUGAAAACAUUAAAAAUAUUUAUUUAUACACUUACGAAUUGUGGACACCUGAUUUAUCGGUUUAUAAUUUAGCCAACCAAGGCGAAGACCCUGAACUAGUAUCAACCAUUAGAUGUAUGGUUUCUUAUCAAGGAAUUGUGAUGUGUGUCCCACCAAUACACAUAGAUUUUCUAUGUGUACCAAACCUUGCUAAAUAUCCUUUUGAUAAGCAAGAAUGCAAACUGAGGAUUGGCUCUUGGAUGCACAAAGGAGAAGAAAUAGAUCUCAAAGCAGACAAAAGUGUUGUUAAUACUGUGGAUCUAAUACCUAACGGAGAAUGGGAGAUUCUGUCCCAUUCUACUGUGAAACAUAAGGGAGUGUACUCUUGUUGUCCCAACAAUACUUAUCCUUCUAUCGAUGUGAAUUUUACCAUAAGGAGGUUAGCUGGUAGCCAUGCUGCUACCAUGGUAAUACCCGUUAUAGUGUGCGUUAUUUUAACGAUAACACUGUUAGCACUAUCACCGAUGGAUAAAGAAAGACUGAUUUUGGCUUACGUAAAUUUAUUGGUCCAUUUCCUAGAAGUCCAAAACGUAGCUUGGCAGAUACCUUUAAAAGGAGACAACAUGCCGCUCAUUAUAAUUUUUUCAAGAGAUUCCUUACUUCUGGCCGUAUUUGCCUUAAUUUUCACUUUGGUAUUCAGAAGUCUCAUGAUGAAGAAAACCAUGCCUCCUGGUUGGGUGUCUGGCAUCAUUUCAGGAAUACUGGUCUGCAAACCUGGACAAUUCAUCCUUUUAAACAAUUACUCAGUAAAACAAGCAGCUGCUGCCAAAGGCGAAGAAGACGGAGCUGGAAUCGUAAACACCAACACGGCUGUAAAUAAUUUGCAAGAUUGGGAGUUAUUCGGGAAAAUUCUGGAUAAAUUAUUUUUUAUUAUAUACAUUGUAGCAUAUUUCGUGAUGAUCAUAUCGCUCUUACCUUGAAAUAAGACUUUUUAAGUACUAUACAUAUUAUUUAUAUAUGUACAGAAGGUUUUUUGUACUUUUUUGUUUUAAUUAUGUGAUAAAUACAUAUCUACGUCAAGUUCAUAGCUGGGCUAUGAAUAUGAGUCAACUUUUCGUCAAUAUUGUAUUAUUUUUUAAUGCGUUAGAAGAGAUUUUUGGCAAUAAAACUACAUUUAG